AUGGGUGCUUUUACUCUUCCUUCAACCGAGGGCCGCACCGUCGCCGUACUUGGUGGAGGAGUGCUCGGCCGUCGCAUCGCAUGUGGCUGGGCUGCAAGCGGAUUUGACGUUGUCAUCCGCGACCCAAGCCCUGAGCAAAGAGCCGCCGCCGUGGAAUACUGCAACACGAGCAUGUCCCUGUACUCCGACUUUGAAUCAAGAGGAACUGUCGCAGCUUUUGAAGACCUUUCAGAAGCUGUUGUUCAGGCAUGGCUCGUCAUCGAAGCAGUCCCCGAGAAGCUCCCUCUGAAGAUCUCAACCUUUGCAGACUUGGAGAAGCUCACGCCCCAUGACGCUAUACUCGCCAGCAACUCAUCAUCUUACAAGUCAAGAGAGAUGAUUGGUGGUCUUCUGCCAGAGACGAGACGACGCGUUCUGAACAUGCAUUAUUAUAUGCCACCGGGCAACCGUGUCGUCGAGCUCAUGACCAAUGGCGAGACCGACGAGAGCAUCUUUCCGUUCUUGCGUGAGAAACUUGAAGAGAUCAAGUUUCACCCCUACAUCGCACGCAAAGAGUCAACUGGCUUCAUCUUUAACCGACUUUGGGCUGCUAUCAAGCGCGAGGUUCUGAAUAUUCUCGCCGAAGAGGUGUCUACCCCAGAGGAGAUCGAGAAGCUUUGGAAGGAGAUGUGGUAUGGCAAAGAGAGUGGACCCGUGGAGAUGAUGGAUGCUGUCGGUCUUGAUACAGUGUCUUUCAUUGAGCAGCACUACGUUGAUGAGCGUGGCUUGCCUGAUACUCCUGUCAAGUUCCUCCAGAAGUACAUUGAUGAUGGCAGGUUGGGUGCCAAGUCUGACAAAGGCGGAUUGCUCCCUCCAAGGAAGUCUGUCCAGUCGGAUCAUGAACCCUCGCUCUACUUCUUAGAUAUUGGUCUAUCAAGUGGAAACGCCAAAGGUUAUGCUUCAGCUGGUCGCGUUUUGGUUGGCUCUAGCAACGGAGAGCCGAUGAAGACGCUUGUCUCAGGUCAGCGCCUGCCUGAUGGUAUUGACAUUUCGAAGUCAGCUGGAAAGCUGUUCUGGACCUGCAUGGGCAACCCUUCUGCCAAUGACGGUGCUAUCCUCAGCUGUAAUCUCGACGGUACGGAUCUUGAGGAGAUUGUUCCUCAAGGGCUGGUUCAUACACCAAAGCAAUUGACCGUCGAUAACACGAACUCGAAGCUGUACUUUGCUGAUCGCGAGGGAAUGAGAAUCAUGAGAUGCAACUUUGAUGGCUCUCAACUCGAAGUCUUGGUCCAGACUGGCGACUGGGAGGUCGAUGGGCAUAUGCUGGACCCUACAAGAUGGUGUGUCGGCAUCACCGUGUCGCCUUCCACUGGCAAGUUCUACUGGACGCAAAAAGGUCCAUCCAAGGGAGGCAAGGGUCGUAUUCUUCAAGCAAACAUCGACUUCCAACCUGGCGAGGAGGCACAGAGUAGGACAGACAUCGAGGUCCUGUUCCAGGGUCUGCCAGAGCCUAUUGAUCUAGAGAUCGACGAGGAUGAGAACGUCCUCUACUGGACGGAUCGGGGCGAGUUGCCAAACGGUAACACCAUCAACCGCGCCAAGCUUGAUGGAAUUGCCAAGGUGACUCACGAUGGGCCGAGUAACCCAGGCGUCCAUUACGAGGUUGUAACUCGGGGAUUGCAUGAGGCUAUUGGGAUCAAGCUCGACUCAAAGAACCACCGUAUCUUUGUUACUGACUUGGGAGGCUCAGUGUACCAGUUUGAUAUAGAUGGCGGUAACAGGAAGAGGGUGUACGAAGGAUCUGGUGCCUUUGCGGGUAUCACCAUCGCUUAG